UUACGUUAAAGUAAUCUAUAGGUUAUAAUCACGUAAAUAGCUGGUUAAAUUAUUUUGGCUAUUUUCCAUUACUGAGAUUUUCAAAUAUCGUCAUAUUCUGUCACCACCACAUCAUAUGCAUCAACAAGUCUCUAUUAAACAUUAAAGAGUAUUUUUACUAUCAGAGCUGAACAAGUUGAUUAUUAUUAAGACAUUGAUAUCUAUAUUGACAUAUUGACAUAAUUUCAAUUAUGGAUACAAAUAUUUCAACUUCAAGUAUUAAAAGUCAUAGUAAAUACUUUUGUAACAAAGAGUCACCUUAUUAUGAUCGGAAAACAUGUGAGUUGCUGAGUAAUAAUGCUGAAAAAUAUAAUAUGAGCAUUUUUGUGAGAGACUUAACUGUUCUUCCAAGUGAUUUAUUCGAUGGACUCGAGAAUCUUCAACUUAAGGAAUUAUAUAUCAACUGGAAUAAGAUGACAACACUGCCAAAAGAUAUCUUUAAACCUCUUGAUGAUCUUCGUACGUUACAAAUAAUGUUCACUGAACUGAAAUAUCUAGAGUCAAGUAUUUUCUAUGAUUUAUUGCAACUUGAAGAACUUAAUCUCAAUAACAACAAACUGACAGCAUUAUCAAAAGAUAUAUUCAAUGGUCUACAAGAUCUACGUGUCCUACGUUUAAAUUCAAACCAACUAAGUUACCUUGAGCCAGGUAUUUUUGAUGAUUUAUUAAGCCUAAAUAGUCUUUAUAUCAAUCAAAACAAUCUCACAUUUUUAUCAAAAGAUAUAUUUAGUAGUUUAAAACAGCUUUGCAGUCUUGAUUUAGGCUCGAACAAACUACAAAAUCUCGAGUCAGGUUGUUUCGAUGGUUUAUCAAAACUUGAGCGGCUUUAUAUCAAAAACAACAGUCUGACAACAUUAGCCAAAGAUAUAUUUAAAGAUCUUAAAAAUGUUAAGGAACUAAAUUUAAAUUCAAACAAUCUACACAAUCUUGAGGUAGGUUGCUUCAAUGGUUUAUCACGACUUGAGAAGCUCUAUAUUAAGAAAAAUAGUUUGACAACAUUAUCCAAAAAUGUAUUUAUUGGUCUUGAAAAUCUUGAGACACUAGAUUUGGAAUCAAACAAACUACAAAAUCUCGAGUCAGGUUGUUUCAAUGGUUUAUCAAAAGUUGAGCAACUUGAUAUCAGCAACCACAGCCUGACAACAUUAUCCAAAGGUGUAUUCGUUGGUCUUGAAAAUCUUAGGAGACUAGAUUUGGAAUCAAACAAAUUACAAAAUCUCAAGUCAGGUUGUUUCGAUGGUUUAUCACAACUUGAGCUGCUUGAUAUCAGCGACAACAAUCUGACAACACUAUCCAAAGGUAUAUUUAGUGGUCUUGAAAAUCUUGAGACACUAGAUUUGGAAUCAAACAAACUACAAAAUCUCGAGUCAGGUUGUUUCGUAGGUUUAUCACAUCUUGAAUGGCUCAGUAUCAAAUAUAACAGUCUGACAACAUUAUCUAAGGGUGUAUUUAAUGGUCUUGAAAAUCUUGGGAAACUAUUCUUCUAUUCAAACAAACUACAAAAUCUCGAGUCAGGUUGUUUCGAUGGUUUAUCACAACUUGAGCUGCUUGAUAUCAGCGACAACAAUCUGACAACAUUAUCCAAAGGUAUAUUUAGUGGUCUUGAAAAUCUUGGGAAACUAUUCUUCCAUUCAAACAAACUACAAAAUUUCGAGUCAGGUUGUUUCGAUGGUUUAUCACAACUUGAGCUGCUUUUUAUCAGCGACAACAAUCUGACAACAUUAUCCAAAGGUAUAUUUAGUGGUCUUGAAAAUCUUGGGAAACUAUUCUUCCAUUCAAACAAACUACAAAAUCUCGAGUCAGGUUGUUUCGUAGGUUUAUCACAUCUUGAAUGGCUCAGUAUCAAAUAUAACAGUCUGACAACAUUAUCUAAGGGUGUAUUUAAUGGUCUUGAAAAUCUUAAGACACUAGAAUUGAUAUCAAACGACCUACAAAUUCUCGAGUCAGGUUGUUUCGAUGGUUUAUCAAAUCUUAGGUGGCUCAGUGUCGAAAACAACAACAAUCUGCACAAUCUUGAAUCAGGUUGUUUCGAUGGUUUACCACGACUUGAGGAGCUUCAUAUCAGCAACAACAGUCUGACAACAUUAGCCAAAGAUAUAUUUAAUGGUCUUAAAAAUGUUGAGGAACUAUAUUUGAAUUCAAAUAAACUCCAAAAUCUCGAGUCAGGUUGUUUCGAUGGCCUAACAAAACUUGAUACUCUUAGUAUCAGCGAAAACAAUCUCACAACUUUAUCAAGUGAUAUAUUUGGGAGUUUAAAAGAGCUUCGUCAUCUUGACUUAGAUUCCAACAAACUAAUAAAUCUUGAGGCAGGUUGUUUCAACGGUUUAUCGCAACUUAUUUCGCUCGACAUGAGCAGCAACAGUUUGACAACUUUAUCGAAAGAUAUAUUUUGUAAUUUAGAAAAUCUUCGUCGUCUCUAUUUACAUUUAAACAAACUGCACAAUUUCGAGUCAGCUUGCUUCAAUGGUUUAUUACGACUUGAGGAGCUUAAUAUUGGCAAUAACAGUCUGACAACAUUGUCCAACGGUGUAUUCAAUAGUCUUGGAAAUCUGCAAAUACUACAUUUGGAUUCAAACAAACUGCAAAAUCUUGAGGCAGGUUGUUUCGUUGGUUUAUCACAACUUCAGAAACUUUAUCUCAGCAGCAACAAACUGAAAACUUUAUCAAAAAAUAUUUUUAAUGGUUUACAUAGUCUCCGUAUUCUAAAUUUAAAUUCGAAUGGACUACAAAUCCUUAAGUUUGGUAUUUUCAAUGGUUUAUCACAACUUGAAGAACUUGAUAUCACUAAAAAUGAAUUGACCAAUUUAUCAAAGGGUAUUUUUAAUGGUCUCUCAAAAUCUUUAUCAUCUCGAUUACGUUAUCAAUUAACUAAAUAAUUUUGAAAUACAAAUAUUCAUAUUAAGUAUAACUAAUGGUUUGUAAUUAAUAUUGAAUUCGUACUUAUACUUUUUUGUUUAUUAUGUAUUGUAUACCUGAAAAACUAGAUCUGUUGAAGACCCUACUAGUGAUUAAAUAAAUAAAUGAAUAAGUAAAUAAAUUGAAUAAACAAAAAAUAAUAAUGGAAUAAGU